AUGAAGAGAUUUUACCCUCCAGUAUCUUCCAAGUUGCCACAACCAAGUUCAUCCUCUCCAAUUGCUACUCCCGUGGAACAAAAUUUGAACCAAUUAGAAGAGCAACCUCAAUCCUCUAAAAGACAAAGACAAGGAAUAGAUCUUGAUUCUUUAUCGACUGAUCCAAAGGAGAGAAUACCCAUUAGAGAUUAUCAUCCAAAUGAGCGUGAUGAGAUUAGAAGAGAAUAUCUCCGAAGAGGUCCUUGCCAACCCCGACAUCAUAAGUUUCCUCAAAGAGAUUUUUCGGGCUUAAAGCGCCGUUUCAAUCAUAAAUGGUUUGAUGAAUAUGGUAUUUGGUUGGAGUACAGUGUGAUAGAAGAUGCAGCUUAUUGUUUGUGUUGUUACUUGUUUCAAGAUGAAGAAAUUCAUCAAGGUGGAGGCGAUGUAUUUUCAAGUUUAGGAUUUAAGAGUUGGCAAAAAAAGAAGAGAUUCGAUAUGCACGUUGGUAAGUCGAGCAGUAGUCAUAAUCAUGCAAAAAGGAAAUGUGAAGAUCUAUUAAAACAAAAACAGUCAAUUCAAACAUCAUUUGAUAGGCAAUCUAGUCAAACCAAGCUCGAAUACAAAAUUCGCUUGAAGGCUUCAAUUGAGGUUUUAAGACUCCUAUUGAAUCAAGGAUUGGCAUUCCGUGGACAUCGUGAAGAUGAAUCAUCAUUAAACAAGGGUAAUUUUCUUGAGAUUCUUUCAUGGUAUGCAGAGAGGUGCGAUAAAAUUCGUGAUCUUGUGUUGAAAAAGGCUCCAAAGAAUGAUCAGUUGACCUCUCAUAAAAUUCAAAAAGACAUUAUCAUUGCAUGUAAAAUUGAAACAGUUAAAGCAAUCAUGGACAAUCUAAAUGGAGACUUUUUUGCAUUGCUAGUUGAUGAAUCAUGUGAUGUACCACGCAAGGAGCAAUUAGCUAUUGUCUUGCGAUAUGUAAAUAGAUGUGGAUCUGUGGUGGAGCAUUUUAUUGGGAUUGUUCAUGUUCAUAAUACUAGUGCUUUAUGUUUAAAGAAAGCAAUUGUUGAUUACCUUGCUCAACAUUCUUUGAGUUUAUCUUAUGUAUGUGGACAGUGCUAUGAUGAAGCAAGCAACAUGCAAGGGGAUUUAGGUGGCCUCAAAACUUUGAUUCGACAAGAAAGUAAAUCCGCUUAUUGCAUUCAUUGUUUUGCACACCAACUUCAAUUGACUCUUGUUGCGGUAUCCAAAAAGUGUCUUGAAGUGGGAGAACUUGUAUUGUUGGUUUCUAAUGUAUUGAAUAUAGUGGGAGGUUCUUACAAACGUAUGGAUAAUCUUCGAGAAUCUCACGCAGAAAAAGUUCAAGAGGCAUUAGACAUGGGUGAACUUGAAACUGGUAGGGGUUUGAAUCAAGAACUUGGUCUUGCCAGAGCUGCUGAUACUCAUUGGGAAGAAAGAGCUAAGGCAAAGGGAUAUCUUAGCACAUGUCAAACAUUUGAGGUUGCUUUCAUGUUGCACCUAAUGAGAGAUGUUUUGGAGAUCACAAAUGAGCUUAAUACAUCCUUACAAAAAAAGGAGCAAGAUAUUGCAAAUGCUAUUCUACUUGUUGAAGUGGCAAAGAAACGGUUGCAAAAGCUAAGAGAAGAAGAAUGGGGUUUACUUAUUGAUAAGGUGUCUGCAUUUUGUGUCAAGUAUAAUAUUUUGAUACCAAACUUUGAUGACUUCUAUGUUAACUCCGGAAGAUCUCGACGUAAAGUUGCUGAUUAUACUAUUUUACAUCACUCUCGUGUUGAUAUAUUUUUUAAGAUUAUUGAUUGGCAAGUUCAAGAACUCAAUGCUCGUUUUAAUGAGGUGACAACGAACUUGCUUGUUGGAGUAGCUUGCUUAAAUCCAGUUGAUUCAUUUUCCAGUUUUGACAUAAACAAGAUAUUGAUGAUGGCUGAAUUGUAUCCUGACAAUUUUGAUGAGAAUAUAAUGGUUACGCUCAAGAAUCAACUUCAAACUUAUAUUGUUGAUGUUCGUGAUUUUGAUGAAAGGUUCUCAAAUCUACAAGCACUUGUUGAUCUUUCUGAAACACUAGUUAAGACAAAGAAGCAUUUGAAUUAUCAAUUUGUGUUUCGCCUUGUGAAAUUUGCUUUGCUUCUACAAGUUGCCACUGCUACAGUUGAAAGAACUUUCUCGGCGAUGAAAUUGAUCAAGAGUGAAUUGCGAAACCGAAUGAAUGACGAAUUCAUGAGCGGUUGUUUGGUACCUUAUGUAGAAAGAAAUAUAUUUAACACCAUUUCUGAUGAGACUAUUAUGAAUACGUUUCAGAAAAUGAAAACUCGUAGAGGACAGUUGUAA